UGCGGUUCCAUCCCAAAAACCUGGUCUGUGUCAUACCUCGAUCACCCUGUAUACUCUAUUUUCGAGCAGACGUCCGAGAGGAAGCAGGACUGACUGAUACAAAUACUACCUAACCGAAGUACUAACUUGAGGACUUCAGAAUGUCGCUGAAGAAGUUUGCCACUUUCUUCAUCUUCCUGAUCUGCACAUCAUUCACCCAAGGAUGGUCUUGGGGGAAGCAGCAGGAGGCAAAAGAGGAAGACGGGUGGUCUUGGAAAGCAGUUGCUGGAAUGGGAGCGGGUGCAGCUGUAGCUUUGGUCGCUGCCCCGGCUGUUCUAACUGCGGCUGGCUUCACAUCUGCAGGCAUAGCUGCAGGAUCUGUUGCUGCUAAAGCAAUGUCCGUUGCAGCUGUCUCCAGCGGAGGAGGAGUUGUGAGCGGGGGUGUGGUUGCCACUCUGCAGUCUGCAGGUGCCGCUGGGAUGGGAGUUGCUGCAAAAACAGUUGUUGGUGUUGCUGGUGGAGUUUUGGGAUAUUUAGGUGGGAAGGAUGAGAAGGACUCACAAGAGGAGUAACAAGAAACCUUGUGAGAAAAUUAGACAAACACUAAAGGAGGGGUGUCAAGUUUAAGCAUGGAAAUACAAAAAGAAACUAAAUAAAAUCGAUGACGAACGUUUCGACUUUCUUAGUGUCUUCAUUGAAAAUAAACAUCCUAUCUUUUAAAUGCCUUAAAUUAAACAACAGAAAGAAACCUCACUCCUUUUGACAAAGACUUAUUCAAAUGUUUGUCUAAUUUUAAGACUGCUGCUUAUCUUAGUGGUGUGGUUAUAGGGGUGGGAAGCAAUGCUUUAAAAUACUUGUCUUACCUCUCAUUAGCACUAGCAAUGUUAUUAAUGGUCUUUGAUUAUUUUUUGAAGAUAUUUCAAAAUAGGUAAAUACAGUAGCUCCUACUUCCUGGUAAAAAAUAAAAAAAUCACUUCCUGCUCUGUAGCCCCAUAUCACUCCAAUGGUCUCCCUGCAAUCAGGUCACGUGACCUGCUGCACAGGAAGUGAUUAGAUACCAGGAAGAUCCCAAAUUAAAGCAUAAAAAACUAGUAAUGAACCAAAAACACAAGAAAAGGGGCCAGAGAUAGCACUGCUAGUGCUAAUAAGGGGUGAGAAAUAUGAUUUUGAAAACCUUAGCACUCAUUUACACUGUACUAAAACUUCUGGUUUCAGUACAGUGGUAUAGCGGUACUAAGCAGUAUCAUGUAGUGUCUGCUGUAAGGGUCAUAUUGUUAAAUUGUGCAUUUUUAUAUGCUGUGCGUUAUACUCAUUAAAAGAACAGAUUGCAAUCAGA